CUUAUUAACACCACAGUUGUUGUACUUCGUACCUCGCACUUCGUACGCUGGCGGAACACCGACACACCUCGUUCGUGUUCGAUUCCCAGAUGUACGAUCAAAUUCCCAUUGACGCGCGACUCAGCCAACCGUCCCUCCUGAAUCGAACGAUCGCAGCUUAUACGUAACUUGCUUCCAUCAACGGCAGAAUUACCCGACGGGCCUUGUGUCCCCUCGACCAUGUCUUACUACUUCGCCAUAGUCGGAACCCAAGACAACCCGCUGUUCGAGCACGAGUUCGGCACCUCUAAGCAAGGCGGCGAUGGCCAGUCCCGGUUUAACGAGCAAGUCCGGCAUCUGAAUCAGUUCAUUCUGCACAGCAGCCUCGAUGUCGUAGAAGAAGUGCAAUGGGCGCAAGGGCAAAUGUACCUCAAAGUAGUCGAUAGGUUCUUCAACAACUACGUGUCCUGUUUCGUGACAGCCGGCAACGUUAAGUUUCUCCUCCUCCACCAGCCCGCCCUGCCGCCCGGUCCACCGACCUCGCGCUCGUCCACCGCCAUUGGAGCGAACCCGACAAGUCCAGCUACCGAGGAGGCCAUCAAGAACUUCUUUGCUGAGGUGUACGAGAACUGGAUCAAGGCUAUUAUGAAUCCGUUUUACAAAGUGAAUAUGGAGGUCACAAGUCCUGUGUUCCGACAAAGGGUGGCCGCUGCAGGCAGGAAAUACCUGUAGCGAACAGUCGUGGAAGUUGGGAAUACGAAGAUAAUUGGCAUGAUGUGGCUUCGGGGCCUGGAAGGUUAUGUUGCUGUUAUGAAUACUACACAGAUACCCAAUGGAGAGAAAUAGGACAGCCGUG